AGGUGCCAACAAAGAAGAAAAAUGAAUUACUUGCUGCCAGUGGUGAUUUUCUUUUUUGUACUGCAGGCAUCCAAUGAGCAGAGAAUCACACGUCUCACAGCGUGUUUAACUGGACGUGGUCCGACACUAAGGAUUGACUGCCGAUAUCAGAACGUUACAGACAACCCUUUGCGAUAUGAAUUCAAACUGAAACGUAAUAAAGAGCCUGAGAUCAUUCUUUCUACUAUAAACCUUAACUUCUUCACUGACAAGUAUCACAACCGAGCCACUAUUUAUACAACACGUGGCCUUGUACAGCUGCACAUUGAGCGAUUCAAUGCCUCUGAUGUUGGUCUAUAUUACUGUACUCUAAACAUUCCUAAAGACCUCACUGUCAACCAAACAGCCAAUAUCGGUGUCCAAAAAGACAAACUCGAGACAUGUGGUGGAAUGAGCAUUUUUUCCCUUUGUACGCCGUGGCCUCUUCUUCUGCCCCUCUUUCUGCCUAUUUUCCAAGCUGGAGUCUUCUUAUGCUAG